AUGUCAUCUUCUCGCCCGGCGACAGCCGCUUUGCUGCGCGCGCUGCGGCGGACAACCACAUUAACAGCUCCACUCGCCACCCGACAUGCGUCCCGCGCGGCUGCUGCGACACCGCUCCUCCGACCCGCCGCGGCCGCUGCGGCGUGCCACUCGACCUUCUCCUCCGUCUCGCCCGACGAGGUCGAGCACUUCAACGCCCUCGCCGCCGACUGGUGGGACCCCCACGGCUCCUCGCGCCUGCUGCACCUCAUGAACCCGCUGCGCCACGCCUUCAUCCGCGACUGCCUUGCCAGCCAGCCCGACGCGCCCUCGACGCCCGCGCGCUUCCUCGACGUCGGCUGCGGCGGCGGCAUCUUCGCCGAGAGCGCCGCCCGCCUGCCCGACACAGCCGCCGUCACCGCCAUCGACCCGACCCCCGGCGUCCUCGCCAUCGCAAAGGGCCACGCGCGCCGGGACCCGGCACUGCGGGGGAAGCUGGAGUACAGGGCCGCGACGAUCGAGACGCUGCCGGUGCCGGCGGCGGCGGCGGACCAGUACGACGUCGUCUCCGUGUUCGAGGUAGUCGAGCACGUGUCGUCGCCGGCCGAGUUCCUUGCGCGGUGCGCGCCCUUUGUGCGCCCCGGCGGGUGGCUCGUCGGCAGCACCAUCGCGCGCACCUGGGUGAGCUGGCUCACGACGAACCUCAUCGCCGAGGACCUGCUGGGCAUCGUGCCCAAGGGGACGCACGACUGGCGCAAGUACAUCGACGCCGACGAGCUCCGGGCCAUGUUCGCGGGCGCCGGGUGGGAGACGCCGCGCGUCGUCGGCGUCGUUUACGUGCCGGGGCUGGGGUGGAGGGAGGUCCGGGGCAGCGAGAAGGUCGGCAACUACUUUUUCGGCGUGAGGCGGGCCCGUAACGACGUCGACUGA